GCUGGCUCAAAACACCAUCCGCUCGGGCGGAGACCGUUCCCGUCCACGAAUUGAAAUGAAAGGAGCUGGGGUGCAACUGAAGAAUUCCUCCUCGCAACACAAGACAUUGAAGGAAUGGUUCAGCGCGCUGUCGCCGAAACUCCAGCAGUUAGUUCGCGAGGCUGAGGACCAAUCUUGGCCAUUCGUCUUCGAGGAGUGGCAGUUCGAGCCGGACAACAAGAAGGAGAUCGUCAACAUCAAUGAUCUCAUCCAGUCCAAGAAUGCAGUCUAUCCUGAUAUGACGGAGGAGGAUGUUCUGAAGGAAUGUCUUGAACUUGCCUGUUCAGAGAAGGCCUUCGAGACGGCCGCGUCAGUCGCCCUCCUGCUUGAUCGGUUGAUGUAUUUGCAUGGUAACUCCAAAUACAUCCUCGACAAGGUGGACGACAUCAAACAGCAGGCGCCCACCACGGCCAUCGCGCCACAGGUCUACAUAAGGAAGGCAAGGUUCCUCAAAGAUGGGGGCUCUCUCCAAGAUGCGGAAAAGACGCUCGAUUUCAUUCUCUCAGAGAAGGGACAUAAAGAGCAAUGGCGCUAUAAGGAGGAGAGCCAGUACAACCUUGUUCACGCAACAUGCGUCCAGGUGAAAGGAGUUAUCAGACAUAAUCUCGGUCUUUGGUUGGAAGCUGCAGACCUUGUCCUCGAGUCUAUCCGGAGAUACAACAGCCUACCCAAGCCCGACCAAAAAGGAAUAAGCGCCUCGUUGGGCAUCCUCUCAGAUGUCCUAAGAAACAUCUCUAAUUCAGAGUUCAAGCAGAUGCUGCUGAAGUAUGCGUGCCGCCAUAACCAUCCCCUUGAAGAGGCCUAUGCUGCGAACAAACAGGCUGCCUGGCUGACUAGAUUCGACCCAUUUUUCUUCGCGAGGCAUACGCGAAGGGCUGGCGAGGUGUUGCUCAUGUUCGUGAUCACACUGCCUCAGGAAGACCGGCUUAAGCAGAUCACUCAGGCUCUCAACGACCUCAAGAUGAGCCUCAAGGGACACCUAUCAUUGAAUAAACUCACGAGUCGAGAGCAGCUGAAUGAAUUCACAUGCGCUGUGUACCAAUGUUUCAUAGCCUACCGUCUGAUGGCUACCCCAGGAGCAAUCUCGAAAGCUAUUGAGAUCGAAAAGAACUGCAUGGUCAUUUAUGAUCAUCACUGCGCCGCUACUGACGCUGUUCCUCUCGAGGAGAACUUUGUCAAAGCAAUCCAUAAAGUCCAUGACUUGCUGGAUCUACCGCGAAAAACUGUCAGUGCUCCUGAAACUAAUGAGUUUCUCAACCUACCAGCUUAUGAAUACCGGUACCCGACUCUCCGAGAAUCUGUGGCAUCGACCCCUAACCACAUAGGCACUCAGGUGGUGUCCCAUCCUGAAGAGACAGCCAACAGUCGAGCGCCAUUGUCCCGUUUCCCGCACAACCGCUCGGGUACUCGAGCUCGACUCACCCGUUCCAAUACAAGAGCUAACAGACAUGCUAUUGGCUCCACUGCAGUGAAUGGUGAACAAGAAGGAGACACUUCAGUCGCUGAUCUCUCGGAAAAGACAACUUCCAUCUCAGUGAGUUUGUCAGUAGCACCUACUCUUAUGGACCCAGAGGCUGACACUCAACCAUCAGGACGACGGCAGCCAGAGACAGCAGACUCGUCAAGGUAUCGAGACACAGGGAUAGCAGUUAAAAUGGGAGAUAGAGAAGGUCAGUUUCAGCAGAUGACCAAAUCUGGCGGAGGUCCGAAUGAAGAGAGCGGCACUCCUGCGGUAGUUCGCCCGCCUGUCGCAUCGCAUUGCCUGGGGCUUCCGAGCGCCAAUAAUGUCGUAGAAACUGCUUCUGGGACUGGUAGUCUCGGAGGACAGUUUGAAUUGCCGCAUGAAACUGCUUCUCUUGCUGAUGAUUUGGGUGUUGAUGGUUCAUCUAUGGAUACAGGUUACAGUGGAUCAACGCAUGGCUUGAUGAAUCCAAAGACAGAGGAUGCGUCCAUCGCGAGUCACGAACAAGGGGUCGAAAUUGACGAGUACGUUGAGAGUGUCCAACGGAUGAACCUCGAAGACAAACCCGCACAACUUCCGAAGACGUUCCUCGUGCCUGAUCCAGUGAACCCAAUAAGCUCAUUCGCAGACUGCACCCUCCCCGCAUUGCCUGGACAGACAAUGAAUCCUUCCGCUAAUAUCGAGAUGACUGAUUUCCGCCAAGGUCCCGCCUUGAAGACAGGCGAGAUACCGUUGGGUGUUCAUCGUGCCCGGGUGUUUAAAUUCGACGCUGCCCACAAUACAUGGACUUGCUCGACAACCCUGGUCUACGUCGAUGAGAAGCUGAACGUUCGCCCCAAGGGAGCCAUGCGUUACGUCAUCAAACUUCAGUAUCUUAAUCAGGAUGAACCAAAAGCAAGAUACGUUGGCAAGAGCUACCAAGAUGCCGAGCGGAGGAAGCUGCAUUUGUACUACCAGGAUGUCGUCUGCCAGAUGACGGCGCGCCAUUUCGUGGCCCUGUUCAACCAGGCGCUCAAGGACGACAAUCAGGCCUGGAAGAUCCAGUUUGUCCCUGCAGCGCACAUCCAACUUUUGUCGGAUGACCACAAGGACAUAGUUUAUUUUUUUAAUGUUGAGCCGUUCGUGGAGGGGUCACUAGGUUUUGAGAAAGUGACCGACAACUCCAUCUAUGUCAACCGUAAAUUAACUAAGGAACUUGUGGACGUGUCCCUAGCCUUUAUGCACUUUACAUGGGAGAAGUCGGAAGGCAAGAUACUGGUGACAGACCUUCAGGGUUGGUUGCCCUGGGACCAAAAAGGCACCAUCAUUUUCACAGACCCUGCCAUUAAUUCAGAACCUCUGAAGACCGUAUUUGUUACUGGCAACCGUGGUAAAUUGGGUGUUGACGAAUUUUGGCGUGAGCAACAUCCGACAUGUAACGAUAUAUGCUACUCGCUAGGAAUAAAGAGACCUCAAUUUGCCUCUUAAUUCGUACACUCCAGACGCAGUGGACGGGCCUCGUCCCUCAUCCUAAGGAUAUCCAAUUAGGAUAAUGCAAUGGACUGUCCUGGGAGAGUCUACUGAAUUCCUAGCUGAACAAAACGCUAUUUUACCAGAAAUGUAAUAUAUCUAUUUAGUGAAGGGUGUGUGAUUCAGGAAUUCAUAACACUUUAAGAAUUGAAACACUCUGAAGAGUCUAUACACCUUGGAACUGCCAACUUUGGUAAAGGUGGCUGCGGCGUUUUUUUGCGCGGUCACUAACUUGUAAGCUCAGUCCGUGACGCGAUUGACAUCGAAAUGCAAUAUCUAUCACAUCCUGUCAGUCAACAUGACAUCAAUCGAUAGGACUGGAAGGCAGAGGGUAUGGUUUGGAUAUAAAUUUAUUGCUUGGAAUUUUGAAGACCUCUAUUUCGGCUUGGGUUCUGAGUUUACAUGCUACUGCAAGUCUUCAAAAUACUAUUAAAUUGAAGAAUAUUGCAAGCCAGCAUUUGACAUUGAGCAUUUGUAAGGUUAAAAUAAGCAAAGUUUGUAUUUCUGAGUUGAAACUUUCCAGAAUACAUGUAAAUAAAGUUCAGGCAUGCAAGUGUAAUGUUACUAUUUGUUCUUAGCAGAUUAGUGGCUCGUGACUGUGCUAAUUUCUAAACAUUGUGUUUGUUUGAAGUGUUAACAAACAAUGAAAGGGAAAUAUUCUGGGAGUGCUGAAACUGCCGGGGAAUGGAUUUCCUCAAACAUGCACAAAUCAUGUAUGGUGGUAUUCGUGUUGUCAGUUAUUACACAAGAUGAAGUGUUCUUAUGUAAUUGUCGCAUGGUUUUGACUUCGAUGAAAAAGGACAAGCACUUUUGUGCAAACCGUUCCAGACUUUGUAGCUUGAACUGCAG